UUGUUUUAACAUUAUUCACGGUUUAUAUGUUUUCAAGCAAAAAAAGGAGUCCAAAUUCUGACGCGAAUUUCCAACUAAACUAGCCUCCGAUUUCCACUUGCUUCUCAAACAUCUCUUCCUCCGGCGAAGUCGAGUUAGAGCUGUCAAGGACAGAGAGAGCACAGUGAUAUUCGUGGGAGAGAAAAAUGUUGUUUUUCUCAUAUUUCAAGGAUCUGGUAGGCAGAGAAGUGACUGUGGAACUGAAGAAUGACUUGGCUAUCCGAGGAACAUUACAUUCAGUUGAUCAGUAUCUGAACAUUAAGCUUGAAAACACGAGGGUUGUUGACGAGGACAAGUACCCCCACAUGAAAUCAGUGAGGAAUUGCUUCAUCAGAGGAUCGGUGGUGAGAUAUGUGCAGUUACCUCCGGAUGGAGUUGACAUAGAACUUCUUCACGAUGCUACAAGGAGAGAAGCUCGGGGUGGCUGAAAUCUGGACUUUGAAAUACAGUCCAUUUUCACGUUUCAGUUGGAUGAAUCGGCAUAUACUGAUUUUUUCCAACUGUUCAGUGUAAUUCUAGAUGCAUGUUGCACGUAGUAGUUUCCUUCUAAUUACUAGCUGCAACCAAUGAUGUGAAUCCAGUGGAUGUGAAUGACAUUUCUGAGUCUUUUGACAAAAUUAAGAAUGUUAAAAACGCUCGGGGAAAUGUUACCUACCAAUGGAAAAAUCGUUCUUAUGGACCAUACAAAUGUUCUAGUUAUAUGUCUAUCUUCAGGAGAAGUAAAAUAUGAGAUCUUUGGAGGAUCAUCAUCUUCUAUUCAAUUUGUAACUGGUCCUGGAGAUUAUUUCCUCCUUACACUAAAAUGCAAGUUUUGCGAUGCUCUCUGUCUGUGCUAGAGACUAGAUAACAAAAGUUAUGUGGAAGGCAUUAUUAAUAAUGCAAAAGUUAUAUCGUGUUUAACUCAUAUCAGGAGGGCUGAUGUAUAAUUAAAGUUACGGGUUUAUAAUCAAUAGUUUUGGUUGUA